UGAAAUGUGGGCACCAAAACCGGAAGUCUUUACCGUUUCGUGUAGGCGUCUGAGAAAGCCUUCCUGCUAACAGCCCGAGGAUACGUUUGAGCACAUCGAAGCUGCACGAUAUACACGGAAGCUUUGCAUUGUUAUCGGAGCGUUGUGCUCCUUCUCCUGGUCCAGGGCCCCUAACGAGCCCCCUACUUGGAGGGCUCCCAGGGAGCUCGCUCCUGAUUGGCCAGCAGGCUGUUUCCUUGCAGCUGGCCCAACUGAAAGCCCAGCUAGCUCUGACUCAGAUAAACACCGCUCUUGCUGUUGGCAGCCGAGCAGCAACCUUUACAGUAAACUCGAACACACCUUCAUACAUUGCUACAAAACCCCCCUCCCCGACUGCUGCAGCCAUCAAUCUCCUUAACCUUCUGAAGAUCGCAAACAAUAUGUCCCAUCACCUGUAUAACCCCUAUGCCUCUGGGAAUCAAAGUUCCACCCAGAGGCAGUAUGGACAAUCGAGUUUACCAUCAGAGAGGGACCCUCGGAGGGCACCUUCUCGCCUCGCACCUGCGUCCAGUUUCAGCUCUUCUGGAGGUUCUUCUGUGACUCCUGCCAACUCUGGGGGAAUGCUCCCUGCACUUAUGUCUCAGUCAAUAAACUACAGGCCUGAACAGAGUAGGGCCAUAAUGAACAAGGACUUAGAUGAGUCUAUAGACAUCCAUAUUAGCAGAGCCAGAGAAGAGGUGAGGCUUCUCAACAAACCGAUGCAUCAGGCAGUGGACCAGGGCACUCUCUUUACGAACACUCAAAGGGAUGAGCUGCGCUCCUCAGGCACAGGGAUGGCCUCCUACCCAAUGUCCUCAACCUCUGCCUCUCUAGGACAUAGACACUCGGACAUUGAAAGCAGCAGUAGCUCCUUGGACUGGUCAUCAAACUACAAAAGGCCUACUGCGGAUGACUCUAAAUUUUAUCCUCCAUCUGCUUCGUCUAAUUUUGCAAGCGGUGGGGACAGUAGGUUUAAUACCUCCAAUAACAGAGAACACGAUAUGCAGUCCAUUCCAGGGUUAGGUGAUUAUGACUAUGCAGGGUCAGACAAACCUGUCGCCUCUACAGAGUCUAGUCGACCCAAGUACACUUCCGAAUCAGCUGCGAAUAUCCUCGUGCACUUCGGACUUGAAAAAGAGGACUUGGAACAUCUCAUCUCCUUCCCCGAAGACCAGAUUACUCCUGAUAACCUGCCGUUCAUCUUGCGCCAAAUCCGCAUUCAGAAGGCCAAGAGUGCUACAACAGCAGUUCAGUCAGUACCCUAUCCUGAACCCCAACCCACCAGAAGUGUGAGUGGAAUGGACAGUCACAGUUUGAGUAGUUCUAGAGGGGCAGGGAUGCGCCAGGAGGAAAGGUCUAUUGCUGUUCUCCAGCCAAGCAAAGUGAUUGACUAUGGACAUACUGGCAAAUAUACUGGAGGGGUUGGGGAUGAGAUUGGAAUGACCAGUGGCAGUAGAUCCAACAGUGGUGGGAGGGGAAGUACGUUUCUGAUGGACGCUUUCAAUAGUAGCAGCCACAUUCGAGAACCACUACUAAAAAAUACAACAGAGGUGAAAAGCAGUGCCUUGGGUUCUUCACGUGAUCAGGCGAGUUCUGUUACCAGUCUUGGCUCUUCGUACAGUUCUGUACUGAGCGCUGUGGCUCCCCCAAGCAAUGAUCCGAACAAACGAUUGCAGACAUCCCAAACAAUCCCCAGCCUCUUCUCUCUGCCUAAGAAGGACACCGACAUCAGAGUUCUCAAGCCUGAAGCCUCCAAACCCGGUCCCUUAAAAGAACCACAGGCAGAUCGCCAGUCAACCUUCAAAAGUCAACCACCCUGCAAUGUGCUCCGUGGUGUGCAUCCCAGCCGACCUGGUCUCGUGGUCAUUGACAGUAAUGACACAAAGAAUCAGAGAAAAGCUCGCCGUCAAGAGUCAACAGUUGCUGAGCAGAUGAAGCGGCAGCAGCCAGCGCAGAUGAAGCAGCAGCAGCCGAUGAAGCAGCAGCAGCCAGCGCAGCAGACGCCGAGGCAGCCAGCGCAGCAGACGCCGAGGCAGCCAGCGCAGCAGACGCCGAGGCAGCCAGCGCAGCAGACGCCGAGGCAGCCAGCGCAGCAGCAGAAGCAGUUGAUAUCGCAGACGGGGCAAGCUACGUGGCCUCCAGUUUUUUCUGCUGCAAAAACUGUUUCCGCAGCUCCUCUCCUCCCCAGCAUUGUUGAUGUCUCACAGGGGUUAAUCCCUCGCCCGAUGGGUAUUCCUCCAGCUCUGCCUCAAGGAAUACCAGGCCUGAUGAACUUAAUUAAUAUGACGCUGCCACCUUCCAACAGGCAGCUCCCAGCAAAGGUGGGAGUCUCCAAGGCCCUGCCAAAGCCGGCCAUGAUGCAUGACUAUGCAGCAGCCUCGCCGAGAAUCUUUCCACAUACCUGUUCUCUGUGUAACAAAGAAUGUACUCAUAUGAAGGAUUGGAUCUCCCACCAGAACACCAGCCUUCAUCUUGAGAACUGCAAAUUGCUCCGAACACAAUACCCGGAGUGGGAUGGUGAGAUAGCACCCGGGCCCAGGACUGAGGGUAAAGAUCCCACGCCCUCAUCAUCAGUUUCUGCACAGACUUCCCGACGUCAUCUCCAGAAAACAAGGCAGGGAAGCAGCUCAUGUUCCCGUUCGCCCAGCCCGCGUCGCCGCCAUGGCUCGGAGGGUAGAAGGGAGAAACGCAGCAGCCGAUCACGUUCACCACACAGCUCCAGAUACAAUCGCAGGUCCCGGUCUCGUUCUCACUCCCCAUGGUAUGACCGCCCGACCUCCUCCCGUUAUCGGUCACAUUCAAGGAGCCCUGAGAGACGGUCUUCACCGAGGAGGAGAGAUGAGAGACGGUCCUCACCAAGGAGGAAUGAUGACAGACGGUCAUCUCCAAGGAGAAGCCGUGAGAGACGGUCACCUUCAAGGAGUGAUGAGAGACGUUCGACGCCAAGGAGGAGCCGUGAGAGACGGUCGCCUUCAAGGAGGAGUGACGAGAGACGAUCGCCGCAUAGGAGGAGCCGUGAGAGACGAUCGUCACCAAGGAGGAGUGACGAGAGACGAUCGCCGCCAAGGAGGAGACGUGAGAGGCGAUCGUCCACAGAAGACUCAUCCCCUAAACGAAAGAAGUCGAGCAGUGCAGAGAGACUGGCUAAGAAACUACUGGAAACAUCAGCUGUCCAGUCUCUGUCAAAACAGUCUGACCUGGAGGCCAUGGUAAAAACUCUGGCUCCUGCUUUACUGGCUGAGCUAGCCAAGAUGAAGUCCUCUUCAUCCUCCUCUUCCAAAGGAGGAAAACCCUCCUCGUCUACACACACUGCAGGAAGAAAGAGAUCGCCUUCUACUGGCUCCUCCUCAUCCUCCCUCUCUACAGCAAAGACAAAGGAGUUGACUUCAAAGCCCUCUAAAGCAAAUCCCAGCCCCCAGAAGAGCGAGGCAAGUUCUGCCACUAAGACAAAGUCUGGUAAACCUUCACCUCCAACCAUGGUGAGACUCGAAGGGAUUCGUAGUUCUCUCUCUCACAAUGAUGUGAUUGUUGCUGUGGAGCACUUUGGAAAAACCAAGUCAGUUGUACUGUUUCGGUCCAGACUGCAGGCAAUCGUGUGUUUUGAGAAAGAGGAAGACGCUACCAAACUGAAGAGCGCGAAGAGCCUUGAUGUGAAAGGAAUAACAGUCACUGUUAUCAGAGAAAAGGUGACUGAUUCUAAGGAGCAAAAGAAUCCUCCUCAAAAAAAACCUGCCACGUCCAGUGACGCCACACCUCAAACUACUACAUCCACAACCACCACUAAAAAGGUUGUUGUCAAAAAAGCUGCAACAGGCAAACUUACCACUCAGAAAAUUGCAGCUAAAGGGUCAGUUAAAGGCACGACUGUCACUAAAUCUAAAGUCUUGGUUUCCAAAGCGAAAAACAUCUCUACCAAGCAGCUAGCCAAAACGACAAAAACAGGAAAGUUGCCCGUGAAGGGAGCUGUGAAAAAGACUGUGGUAAAGCAAAAAAGUUCAAAGUCCACCGCUCAAGGACCGGAGACAAAGACAGAAGCUUCAGAAUAUCAGCCUGACGCUGGUCACGCCAAACAAAAACCUCUACCUGAAAAACUCAAAACUUUUAAAGAAGAGGUGGUGGAGCCCAAAGACACAGCCGAGGUUGUUGAGACAGCAAAUGCAACAGUUCUUGAACCUAAGAAAAAACUUGACAUAGCCGAUGUUGAGGUGAAAGGCGAUGAACCGAUGCAGCUUGGGUUAACAGCAGUUAAAAUAGAGCCUAUGGAAAUUGGAUGUACUGCUGAGGGCGAAAGGGAAAAACGGCCAACUACAGAGGCCGUACCAGAAGAUUCAGCAGACAAAUCCAGUGAGAGUCAACCAUCAAGCAGUACAGAUGUGACUCAGUCAACAGAAACCCCUGUCGAAGGUUUACCGCUCGUCCAGCAAAGCACCCCAUCAGAACCAGAGUCCACUGCUCAAGGGCCGGAGACCAAGACAGAGGCUUCGCAAAUGCAACAGCAGGCUGCAGAACGCACAAUUGAAGCUGCUGUAGAGGCAAAGCUGCCAGGUGGAGGGGUGGAGAUAAAGACAGUGCAGAAAGAUCCUGUGACUGCAUCUAAGACACAAACCGAUGCACGAUGCAAGGAGGCAUCCGAAGCUGUCUGCAAUGUUUCAGCCAACUUGACUGAGAUUGCCCCAUCUGUCACAACUGAGCCCACUGCUGCAGCAGUGAGCGAGGAGCAACCGGCACAGUCUUCCACUGCAGUUACCCCUCUGACUAUUGGGGAGAUGGUAGAAAAGCACCUGGGUCGAAAUAAAAUACUGUGCGUCAGGAUGAAGAUGUACUUCUCGCCAAAUUAUAUUCCAGAUAAGAAGCUGUUGUACAUAUAUGGACUACCGAGGUAUCACGAUGGCUGCUACACAGAGGAUGACAUUGCAGAACUGUUCAUUCCAUUUGGGUUUCAAUAUAAAGAUGACACCAUCUAUGUUGUUCCUCAGACGCGCAUGGCCUUCGUCCAGAUGCCAACAGUGGAGAAUGUGCAGAACACAAUUACCUCUGUCACAAAAAAUCACAUUAUUUUUCACAAGUGUAAACUCUCUGUACAGCCAGUAGCAGGUGGCAUUGCGAUGACGCACCUCGGAUUUUAUAAAUCACUGAUGAGGCUGAUGAAGUCUCCUGUGCAAGAUGAAGGACAGAGAACAGUCUUCAUCAAGAACAUAUCACAGAGUGAGACCAGGGACUUGAGGGAAGCUUUGAAAAAAGUCAGUUCUGUCAAGAACUACCUGCCUCUCCUCAACAAGCUAUUCAUAGAGUUUGAGACUAUUUGCGAUGCUGAUCAUUUUGGAGUUUGGCACAGUCUCCUGAAAGAAGCACCUAGCCACGAAGUCCACAGGCUGAAAAUACCAAACACUGUGGGCUGUAAAUCACCACCAAAACUUCCUGAGAAAGCUCUGCCGGACAGCAAGGAUGUUGUUGCCAAGGCAACUGUCCCGCCAAUAAAAAACAUUCCACAAGACAGCAUUUCACCAUUUUGGGUCACGAUGAGAACUAGGCCCUUCCUGUUCCCUACCAUGUUUCCUUGGUUCAUCAUCCCAGAUUACCUGACAGUCAGAGGACAGGACGACAUUGAGAAGGCCAGUGGUUCCAAGUUCCCCACAAUCAUGUUGACCGGUUUGCCAGAGGGAAACUACCAGCACGAGGAUGUGGCCAAGCUGGUAUGGCGGUAUUUCCCCAAACAGAACCUUCACUCCCUGUACUACAAUGUGACGGUCUUAUCGCUGCAGAGGAGGGCUUUUGUGUUUUUCGCUGAUUGGACUACGUGCUGCGGUUUUGUCCGAGAUCACCUCACAAGUCCAGUUUCUGUCAAAGGCUCCAAGCUCAGUGUACACUUCGUCUUGCAACAGAUAAAUCCAGAAUCCAGCGAGGUCAUGAUGUACAGAAGUCUGAUGAACUGGAGCAACGCUGGAGUUCCAGAGCCGAAGUCUCUGGAGGAGCGGUUGCUCAGUGUGGAGAUUUCUGAGACGUCUGCAGCCAUCAUCAAGAUAGUGAUGGAAGUGGUGGCUUCCAUCGCACCCAUUGUCAGCUUCCUGCCGCUCGCUAACAGGAUCUGCAUUGAGAUGGCUGACUCCAGCGGUGUAACGCAGGUGGUGGAGAAAUACAACACUUUCUCACCGGACUCUUUUAAUAGGCGCACAGCUUGGAGUAAAGUUAAACGUUUUGAGACUUUGAAGACCCUAAAACAGCGUCUACAGGAUUCUGGGGAGAUCACAAUUAACUUUGAACAGGACACCAUCAGUUUUGAAGCCAAGCCCCCAGGUGUGAAAUGCCAAAUUCAGAGUGGCCCUAAUGGAUCCACUAUUUCUGAGCCCAUCACAGCAGGACUGAGCGCUAUGGUCGCAAGUGACGCAGCAAUGGAGGAUGACAGUGAGAAACCAGAAACUGAUAUCCCCAUGGACUCCACUGUGUGUUCAGAAGCAAAUGUAGAUGUAAAGAAGGAAGAGGGGUCACUAACAACUUCAGUCUCCACUACUGAUGUGACCUCUACCUCUAAAGUCAGCAGUGGAAAUGCAGCCCCUGCCGCUCAGAGCCCUGGCCACUUUGCAGCAUUGCUCAUGCCAGAACAAGCUACACUUCAAACCAGUGGUCCGGAUGGAUCCACGGUUUCUGAGGCCCUCACAGCAGGACCAAGUGCUACGGCCGCAAGUGACGCAGCAAUGGAGGACGACGGUGAGAAACCGGUUACUGCUAUCUCUAUAAUCAGCAGUGGAAACACAGACCCUGCUGCUUCCAGCACUGCACCCUCAGCCACAGCACUCGUGACUGAAGGAAAUGUUGCAGAACUUCCUGAGAUUAACGCGGACAUUUUAAAGGUCCUCACGGCAGCAGUUCGCCAGCACAGACUCACCCGAGAGAGCAGAUCCCAGAGUGAGAAGGAGGAGAGCCCCAGCAAAAGCAACACAAGCACCAUAACAGCUGAAGACGCCCCACAAAGAAUGGGUCAGGAUGAUUUUACAGAUGACAAAUUUUCUUCAGAUGCCUAUCUUUUUGAUGAACAAAAUUUCAACAUGGAUGACUUUGUCACUGUUGAUGAAGUUGGUGAUGAUGUAGAAGACAAAACCCCCGAGCCUAAUACACCCUCCUCAUCCAAGCAAUCCUCCAAAGCGAGAGAAAAGCAAAGCUCUGGUGUGUCGUCCGCUGGCAAACGGACCUCAACAAGAUCUUCAAAAGACUCUAAGAGCUCAGCCUCUUCCUCAUCCAAGUCGACUAAAGGCUCAAGCUCUUCUAAAUCAAGCUCUAUGUCCAAGUCCAAGGACUCAUCUGAGUCCACCAAAUCCCCUACCAAACCCUCGUGCUCUGCCAGUGUCAGUAAGGCCUCCUCUUCUUCGCUGUCUACUGAAACCCCUUCCUCCCCUGGCCAGAAAACACAACAGAGCAGGACAAAAUCUCCAGCCAAAGCAUCAAAUACCGCAUCCUCUGGUCGUAGUACCCGCUCAUCUUCUGCUGCACGUGAAAGGGAAAAAAUAACAGCAGCAGUAACUGUCGAUGGAUCAAUGGAAACUCAUCUGGAGCCUCUUAGAGAAGAAACACAAGACACAGAGAGCGCAGUGGCAAAGUCUGACCACAAAGUGUCAGCAGAGGGCAUUGCUGCAAAAACUGGUGAGUCACAGACAAAAAUAGAAGCAUCAUCAGAGAUGCGUCCACCUCCACAGGGACAUGAGGUAGGGUUGAGCCAAGCCCAGAGUCUGGAUGCUGAUUGUAAUGUGAACACUCUCAAAGACCAGAAGACAAGGAAACAGGAAGGGAAAGAAGAUGUUGACAAACAUUCAGAGGUGGAGGAGGACGACAGAGAAAAUUUCCAAAUCCUUGAUUCACUCGAUGAUCAAACAGAUGAACAGAUGGAUGAUGGGGACCAACAUGGCAGCUCUGAAACCCAGCUAACUGGACCUGAGGGAAGCCAGACUUUGCAUGAGGAAAAAGGCAUAUUCCACUUAGAGGAGGAC